CCGCCACUAUGUCUUUAGCUGAGGUAUCUGAUGCUCGUAAGGCACGUCUCGCGGCCUUGAGAAGAAAGCGAGCUGGUCAACCUGCCGAGGAGGAAGGUGCUCCCGAGGAACCCGUUCUAAACACAAGAAACUUUGAUCCUGAAACGAGGACGCUUCGAAAACGUACUCAGCAGGAUGUCGAGCUGGAGGAUACCAUCGAGAAGAACGUAGAAGGCCUGGCCGAACGCAUUAUAGCAGAGGACGAAGAGAGGAGAGCGCAAGAUCUGGAUCUCUUCAACAUAGCACCGAAGCGGCCCAACUGGGAUCUAAAACGGGAUAUGGAGAAGAAACUAGCCAAGCUGGAGCGGCAAACUCAGCAGGCCAUCCACACCUUAAUUCGACAACGCCUGGCUUCCCAAAAUGGUCAAUCAGACGACCUUCUCGGUGCCAUGCAAGCAGGAGUCACUGAGGAGCCCUUGUCAGACGAAGAUGACUGAGACCUUAUCCCUCUGAUACGGCCCCUUCGACUGUUUGUAUUUGUAACUCUGUACGAAUUAUUUUCGCUGAUUCUAGAUUCUCGCGUUCUUGAC